CGGCCAGCUCCCCUUCCGGUUCUUCCCCAACCUCUCUCUGUAAACCCUAACUCCGAACCGCAUCAAUCGAACGGGAUUCGAAUCAGGGAAUCGAACGACAAAAACGAACGCAAAAGCUCCCGGAUUGAAUCCACCAAUGGACCGCUCCCGCUCCAAGCGCGGCUACCACUACAACGACCAGGACUCGCCGCCGCCGCCACGCUCCAAGCCACGCUUCGACCGCCGCGGCGCCGGCGGAGGCGGCCCCAACCCUAACGCCAACAACUACCACCGCCGCGGACCCCCCGGGGGCGGUCCCGACCGCCGCGGCGGCUUCCUGCCCCCGGACCCCGCGCCGCCCCCCUUCGCGCCCCCGCCGCCUCCCCCUCCCUCCUCCUCCUCCGCGGCGGCGGGGGGCGGCCCCGCCCCGACCACCUCCUUCCGCAUCAUCUGCCCGGAGUCCAAGAUCUACGGCUUCACCGCCAGCUUCAUCGCCGACGCGCAGGACGACACCGGCGCGACCAUCACCGUCCACGCGCCCUUCGCCGGGGACCCCGUCAGGGCCAUCGAGACGGCCGACGGCGACGCGGACGGCGGCGGCCGCCCGCAGCAGGCCUUCUCGCCCGCGCAGGAGGCGCUGCUCCUGGUGCACCGCCGGAUCCUCGACACGCAGCCCGACGACGGCGACGAGGACGGCGAGUACGGCCCCCGGGGCAAGGACGCACGCGACCGCGGCAAGGUCACCACGCGCCUCGUCGUGCCGCGCCAGCAUGUCGGCUGCCUGCUCGGCAAGGGCGGCAAGAUCAUCGAGCAGAUGAGGUCCGAGACCAAGACGCACAUCCGGAUCCUGCCCCGCGACCAGAACACGCCGCGCUGCGUGUCCUUGUCCGAGGAGGUUGUACAGAUUGUUGGAGAAGGGAAUUGUGUUAAAAAGGCUGUACUAAUUAUCUCUGACCGUCUGAAAGAAAGCUUACACCGUGAUCGUGGUCCCUUCCGCGGACGGAAUUCACCAGAGCAUCGAAUUUCUCAGGCUGAUGAAUACUUGGGUGGUCAGCCGAUGCCUGCAUUUGAAGAACCUUAUGCCCGAUUCGAUCAAAUUAGAAAUAAUGGUAGCAUGGAGCCACCAGGAUAUGAGUUUGAUUCAAAUGGUAGCAAGUUCAAUGAACAUCCAGAGAUGCCGUUUGAUGAAAUCAUAUUUCGAAUUCUUUGCCCAAAUGACAAGGCCAACAGUUUAGUAGGAUCACGUGAUGGAAUAAUAGAGAUGUUACAGGUUGACGUUGGUGUUGAUGUUCGGCUUACUGAUCAUAUUGCUGGAUCUGAUGAAAGGGCUCUAAUCAUCACAUCUAGAGAGGGCCCAGACCACGAGCUUUUUCCAGCUCAAGAAGCAUUGCUGCACAUUCAAACCUAUAUCGUAGAUCUUGGCCCUGACAAGGAUAACAUUAUCACAACAAGGUUACUUGUCCCUUCAAGUGAAAUUGCUUGCUUUGAGGGAAGGGACGGAUCAUUAUCUGAUAUACAGAGGCAAACUAGCGCAAAUAUACAGAUAUUACCAAGGGAGCAAGUUCCAUCUUGCGCUCUAGAAUCUGAUGAGCUCAUACAGAUUGUAGGAGAGAUUAGAGCUGCUCGGAAUGCUCUCAUGCAAGUAACUACGAAGUUACGAAGUUACUUAUACCGUGAGAUGUAUGGUCCCAACCAAAUUGGCAGCAUUAAUGUGCAUGGAUCCAUUUCUCCAGUAAAAGACUCACCUCGUGGACUGUACCCUGGAAAUGACCUUCCAAUGGCCAUGUACCAACAAGCACCACAAAUGACAACUUCUUGGCACUCAAAGGAUAGUGGAGUUAGUGCAAGUGGAUCAUUUGAGCAAGGGAGCAACAUUAACGAUGAUAUAAGGCAAAGUGCUCCAAAACGAUUUGCCGUCCCCCUAGUGACUAGAAGCACAUUAGAAGUUGUCAUACCAAAUAGUGCAGUUGCAAGCCUCAGCAUGAGGGCUGGAAGCAAGCUUGCCCAGAUAAGCGAGAUGUCUGGUGCAUCUGUCACACUUGCUGAAGAUAGACCUGGAGCCAUGGAAAAGGUUGUCCGAAUAUCUGGUACCCCUGAGCAGGCCGACAAAGCUCAGAGCUUGCUCCAGGGGUUUAUACUUAGCAUCCAAGAUGACAUGCCUUCGGGCUAAUGGAGUCAUUGCUGCAUCUUACCCAUCGCAAUGUUCAAUAGGGCCAUUUGUCUAAUUCUUUCGAGGAACUGCCUGCGUAGUUUAGGUGGAGUGCAUGAGUUCAUGCGAGAUGUUUAUCUUCUAGCUGUAUAAUUUUUUCCCUGAUUAAGCCUUGUGGCUAUACAUGUACAAGUGUUCAUGUAUGAUAUUAGCUGUUAUGUAGCCAAGAUGUGCUUGGUCUUUCCCACAUUAGAAUGAACAGGCUUGUAGAACAAUAAGGACAAUGGAUAACAUCUUUCUACUAA